AUGGGAAAGAACUCGGCAAAGAAACGAAAGCGGCAAGAGAGAAAGGCCAGCAAUGGUAAUCACUGGAGCAAAUUAUCUGACGAAGAAGACGGCCUAACGCAUGGACGAAAUGGGAGCUCAGCGCCGAAUUCUGCUGCAGGGAAGGGUGCCAAAAAACUGGAAAAUGAUACCGCAGGAGAGGGCACAGGUAGUUCACCAGAUGAUUUGGGAUCUGAAAAGCGUUCCAGGAGGCGCCUUGAUUUCGUCUAUCCAAAACAGAAUGGCACAGCCAAGCCCUAUUUUUUUAUCGGCAAGACAACGAUUUGCAACAACAAAGCCUCCCCGUCCUCAACCAACCAGCAGCAUGAUGUUGUGGAACUUGUAAGAACGAAAGAGAGUAUCGAUGAUAUCUUGGAGACCUCGAAACGAAAGAAAAAAGAAGAGUCUUCCAAGGCUCCUCCUGAAAACCAUGCCGAUGUUGGGAGAUUGCGGUCAGCAUCCACUGAUGAGGAGAUGGAAGGAAAACUUUCAGGGAUGUCAGUAGAAGAUGCCGUUCGUGACAAAAAGGGCCUGAGGCCUCGCGCUAACUCAACUGAUGGAGAGCUUAACCUACCAAGACGAGGCCUUUGUGAUGAAGUUCAAGUCCUACAUUCGCACAAAUGGAACAUUGUUGGGCUAGCAGCAGCAUCAAAGAAACCCGUUGGCUUUCAAAACCUUGGUAACACCUGCUUUCUCAAUAGCACUCUGCAAUGUCUGGUGUAUCUUCCACCUUUCUGUCAAAGUCUGUUGGCCAUGCCAGCCAGAGACAGCCACGGAUCGAAGCCCAGCCAGGGAAAGAGAAUCACAGCUAUGCUGCGGCUUUUCUUUCAGAAGGUACACGGCAAUCAACAGGGGGGGGCAAUUGCGCCACACGCCGUGGUCAAAAUGCUGCCUUCCCUUGGAACUAGUGGGGGUAGAGGUUACAAGUUUAGGCCUGGACGACAAGAGGAUGCACACGAACUUCUAGUGCAUCUCCUCGAUGGGAUGCAUAACGGAGAGUUAAAAGAGGCAGGCAUAAACCAACGUGCAAGCGGGUGGAGAGACCGCCUACCAGUGCCACGCCUUGACGAAACCACGUUCGUACAUCGAAUCUUUGGUGGAUAUCUAAGAAGUCAGCUUCGAUGUUCGAAAUGUGGCUAUUGCAGCAACACUUACGAUCCUUUUCUCGACUUGGCACUGGAGGUCAGCAAGAAGGGUAUCAGCAAUGUGGCGGAAGCAUUCCAAGAGUUUACCAGGAAGGAAACACUAGACUCUGACAAUCGGUGGAAGUGUGGUGGUUGUAACAAGCGCGUAAGGGCAAACAAGGUUUUGUCUGUUUUCCGACCACCGCUGUCGCUUUGUGUCCAAAUGAAGCGAUUCACUUUUGGUGGUAACAGUGGGUUCAGUUCAGGUUAUUCCAGGGGCAUGUUCGGUGGAAACAAGAUCACCAAGCCAAUCAGGUUUCCUGCUGAAAUGAAACUUCCACUUAGCGAUGGCCGGUCAUGUCCCUAUGCCUUGACGGGGGUUGUCAUUCAUGUCGGGUCAAGCUCCCAUUCUGGGCACUAUACCGCCUACGUGAAAAAACCAAAAGCCGACGGUUCAUAUCAGUGGUAUCACAUGGACGAUUCGUUUGUGGAAGCUGUGUCAGAGAAGACCGUCUUGCAGGAAAAGGAUGCAUAUCUCCUUUUUUACUGCCGAACCGAGGUCAAACUGGAGUUUCCUGAACCACCAAGGCGGGGCUCAAUGACCGCCAAGGAAGCGACGGAGCAUGGCCGUGCCCGAGCCCGCGCCAGGGCUGAUAGCUUGACGAAGCUGGACAUGGAAAAGGAUGCAGCAAGCGUUCUCGAAACGACGGCCCCACCCACCUGCCAAGUUUCAACCGACAAAAAGACUUCAAAGAUCGUCGGGGAGACGAAGACGGCGGUCAUGGCUAAAAACGAUAAUCUUCAAAAGGACGUACGCGCAUCACCCGCCCAAUCGUCGGGUCCAAGCAAAGCACCGAAAACCGCAGCUUCCAAGAAUACUUCAGCAGACGAAUCUAAUAAGCCACCCAAGCGGCCUGGUUCGUCGAAAAAGUCUUCAUCCGGCAGCACAGCCUCCCAAGAGUCGUCAGAAUCCUCGUCAAGUGACAGCUCUUCGGAUGAUUCCAGCGAUGAUUCUAGCUCAGGCGAGGACGACAACGCAAAGAAGACUGACAAUCAGCCUUCGGCUUCAGACAAUAGGAAGGCUGAGCAGGUCAAUGAUAAACCACAAAAGUCUAACACGGCACGAAAAGGCUCAAGUGCUGCAGCUGAAUUGGAUCGUCCUAAGGACAGGAAGUUAGAAGGCUUGGAUGCCGUGAAGGUGUCCGAGGAAAGUAAACACUCUGAAGCCAACCAGACGUCAUCUGUAUCCAAGGCAAAGGCGCCACAUGAUACACCCAAGAACAAGAAGAGUCCAAAUUCCAGGAAUGCUGUCAUUGUGUUGGAUCGCGGCAAGGGUCGCGAGAAACUUUCUGUAAUGACGGGACGUCCAGCAAAGAGGCGAUGGAUCCCCAAUACGCUAGGAAGGACCAAAUCAGGAAACGACUACGAGUUAUUGGGGAACCGGACUGUUGGCAAGUGGGACGACAGCAAUGAUGCAACGAAGCCAUCAACGGAUUCGAAUGAUUCCGACGUGUCGAAGGCUCGCUCGAACAUCGUCGACAGCAUGGAAAGAAACAAGAAUGCUAAAAAGCGCAAAACGUAUCUGGAUCGUUGGGAUGCGACUCUCGAUCGAGGACGUACAAAGAAAGUGAAGGAAAAGCGGGAAGACGCUACCACUGACAAUUCCGGUGCAUUCCAACGAGUCCUGUCUGGGUUGCAAAGAAUGAAUCACGGGCGCCCCAAGGGUUUCUUGGGAAGUGUUUCGUCCAGCAAGAAGAAGAAGCAGAAUAAGAAGCGCUGA